UCAAGAGCAUAAUCACAAGCUCAUAAAAUUUUUUAAAUAGUAAAAUUAAAGCAUUAUCAGCAAAACAUGUUCUUGAUCAUGAUUUCAAGUUUGACUUGCAUGAAUAAUUUACAAGUAAAAGCGUACUCUUGAGAGCGUGAUUUCUGUGGUACCCUGCUGCGAUCUCCAUUUGUAUGGGAGAGUACGCUAAUUUAGCGUCAUCGAAUUAAAAAAUUGAUUUUUAAAAAUCAUGCUCAGAUCGUGCUCUUUGUCUGUUAGGGGAAUGCCUGAGAACCGGAUAAAAUGUAAAUAAAAAGUUCAUCGACCGAAAAAUGUGACCUUCAUUAACACAAGUUAUCACUCAAACUCAUAUUUUGGCUCAAAUUAAAGCACUUGAUUAAUCAUUAACUUACAGUUAUGAUAAUAGCUUGUGAAUGUGGUUUUCUAAUUUUAUCGGUUGGCUUUUUAAUCACCGCAAUUCAAUGGUUUAGAAAAAUGUCCGAUAAGCCGUAAUCAAAAAAUGCAAAACUUGAAAUAACUUGAUUGAAAUUUUGGAAGAUUUAAGUUUUCUUCUUGUUUAUUAAUUAUAAUGCAUAUUUAUAAAUGUUUAAAUUGAAAUAUUUAAUUGAUAAAAAUAUAUUUUACUUACUUCUUGUCCUUCGACGAAAACUGACGAUACUACUGAGAGACAAAAGAAAUAAUGACUUUCAAUGAUUACUGAUUGCUUAAUGUCGACUGAUCCAUGCAAAAAUUGCACAAUCUUGUUUACGUUUGAAUUCUCUUAUUCCCUUCUGAUAAUCUUUAGUAAAUCCUUUAUUACCAUGAGUAUGAUUAUUAAUCAGUCCUUGCUUGCGAAUAACAAGUAACUUGUCAUUAUAAUAAGUGCUUUAAGCUUCUUUUCAUUAACGUUGGAUUAAAUUUUGUAUAACGGUUUUUAAAAAUUCAAAUAAUUUUUUACUCGUUCUAUUUUUCUGUUGUUAUUUUUCAUGUUUCUCGAAAAAGGUGUCACUAAUUGGAAUGGAUGAUAUAAAAGUGAAUAAAGACACUCCAAUAGAGAUGUUGGAGAUUAUAUCCAACACAUCGUUAAGCGAUUUCCUCAAGAACGAAGAAAAUUGUGAAAAUGACGAUGUCGAUUCGAUUUUUGAUGAGAUUUCGCGACAACUUACGUCCUUAAGUGAUAAUAAAUUUGCAUUUGAGAAUGAUAAUCGAACAAUUGAGGACAUUCUGAAAGAGGCUGAAUCAUUAAUUAAUCAACCACUUAUUAUGGAUAUGCCAUCAAUCAAAAUGCCAAUUUCAAUUUCCUGUGAAAGCACUCCUUUAGAAAUCAAAAACAACAUUUUGGAUCAAUAUGAUUAUUCAAUAACACUUCAUGAUGAUGACACAAGUGAUCGCACUUUGCUAAACGAUCAACUAGACACUCUAGAUUCCUGUCCAUCAUCACCAUCAUUAGAAUUCAGCUCAAGUAUGGUGUCAAAAAAGUCGUCAUCCUCUCGAAGUAGGAAAAGUUCAAAAUCGAAAUCACCCAAAAAGGACAAAGAUGAUAAGAAGCAGCUUGAUGAAGAAAAUCAUCCAAUCAUUCCUACUCAAAAUACUGAGACAAGUCCAAUAGAAGAUAAUGUUUUCGAAUUUAACUUAAAUCAAAAGAUUUUAUGUGAUAAGUCAACAGCCCCGUCUCCAACACUUUCAAUUAUCUCAUCGGCAACCUCAAUUAAUAGUAAUUGGCAGCGUGAAAGAGAAUUGGAAAACACGAAUGAAGAUUUACAAGAGAAAAUUAAGGAUUCUGAGGAACGAUUGCAAUCAUUGAGGAUACAAUAUGACUCAUUGUCACAAAUUCAUCGUGUUUUACGCGAGAAUCACCUUAGAUUGCAAGAGGAAAGUGACAAAUUGAAGAUUGACUACCAAAUUCUUGAUGAGUGUGCUAAUGUAUUAAGGUGUGAAUUGCAAGGAGCCAAAAAAGACCAUGAAUCUGCCAUUGAAAUCCAAAAAUUUCUCCAACAUGAACUCGAAGAAAAUCGCGUCGACAAGAAAAAGUUUCAAGAGAUUACAGAACGUGAUUCGAAAACCAUACAAGACCUGCAGCGACAAUGUAAAGAAAUGGAACGAAUUCUCAUGCGUAAACAUCCAGAUUCUGUCUCGGCACUGAUUGUUGCAAGUAAAAAUUCUAGCAUGCAAGACUCAUCAGCCUCAACACGAAAAUUACUCGAAGAGAGAAUUGCACAAUUGGAAGCAGAUGCAAAAGAGCAAGACAAGAAGGCACAGAAUAUUUUGGCAAGCGUUCAAGCACGAUUUCAAACGGUACAAGCUAAAUAUGAAACACAUAUUCAAGAUCUCGAGACACAAGUAUUGAAUCUUCAGCAAAUUAAUAAUGAGCAGCUACGAGAAUUGACGUCAAACUCAACACAAAAUUACAAUGAGCCAGGAAUUGAUGAAUCGACCCAAACACUUGACAUUCCAGAAAGAGAAACUGUUCAGCAUAGAACAAUUGGGAUUCAAACUGCCAAUUCUACAUCAAAUCCACCAAGUCGUGCAAAUAGCUCACAGUCAAUUAGCGCAAAGAAGAAUCCAAAAAUUCCAACAUCACAAUCGGACUCAUCAAUACCACCGAAGGAUGAUGCACAUUUAUUGGCAACAAUUCGUGGAAUGCGAGUUGAAUUGGCUAUUAAGGAUAAAGCUGUACAGCGAAUCACGAGAGACAUGGAGGAAUGUAAAAAGACGAUAAAGAAGUUGCAAAAGGAACGCGAUAAUUACUUAAGCAGCAAAGAAAAGGAAAAGCCGUCAGCAACGCCGUCAAGAAAAACUUAUAAUCCCAAUCAUUACCAAGAAAAUUUUGAUUCGCAUGCCUUAAAAGAAGCAAUGGAGAAGAUGAAACGAAUGGAAUGUGAUUUUAAGUCGUUGUAUGAAAAAAGAUUGAAGGAUCUUAAAACUCUCCAAAGUGCUCACGAGAAAGAACUUAGUGCUAGUCACGAUACAAUUAGAAUCCUACAGACUCGAUUGGAAGAACAAACAAGUAGUAAUGAUAGGAGACGUGGUCAAAUUGAUUACUAUGCACUGAAAGCUAAGAUAACGUCCCUAGAGAAGCGUCACUCAGAACGUGAAAAAUCCUUCCAUUUUCUUAUUGAAGCACUAAGUAAAGGAAAACUUUGUUGUGAGCAAACAAAUAGUACAGUUCCUUUACAUGAGAAUAGUUCUUUGCAUUCCAAUUGCAAUAUUCCGAAUAGUAAUUAAGUUUGUGCAAAAAUAAAAUAUUUUGAAUAGACUACGUAAAGCUAGUUGUGCGUAAGUUAAGUUUUAUUGACAGAUUUGUAUUUUGAUAAAAACAUUUUUUUGGAUAAAUCUGACAAAUUUGCACAAUUUUUUGUUUUGUUUUUUGUGAGACAUUCACUACGAUUUACUAUCCACUUACCAAAGAUAUUUUAUUCUGCUAAGAUUAUGUCUGAUUAAUUUGUGAUAUUAUUAAGUUAAUUUAUCAAUAAUCAUUUGAGAAUAAUUUUAUUGUAUUUUAUUUAAGAACGCACCUGAAUGGCAUUUCGAAUUUUAUUGUAUUGACACACUUAAGAGAAUAUUUUACUUGAUCUCAAUAAAUUUAGCAACUUUAGAAAAGUUUAAUAAACAGAUGAGAUUUAUUUGAUAGUUUUAAUCUACUCCUAUUGACAUUAAUGGGUGAAACCUUACUAAGUAUGGUUUUAUGGUGAAAAUUUUAAAGCAACAAGAUGAAAUCAGAAUUAGGACCGAGUAGCACAAGUCAGAUAAUCGAGACAAAACCGUCAUCUUAGUGUAGGAUUUUGUCUUGAUUAUCUGACUUGUGCUAUUCGGGAAGUUCUGCUCUUAAAAAACAUAAAGUGUUUUUCCUUUAAAAAAUUAAAAGUUCACCUUUCAAUCCUUUUUAGCAAGAUUCACUCAAUUUAAAAAAAAAAUACUCAAGAAUUUUUAAAAACGGUUAAAAACUUUAACAUAUUUGAUUCUAUUCCCUAUUUAUAAGUUCUAUCCUUAAUUAUGAAAACAAUACUCAACUUUCACAACAUCAUAAAAUUUUAUGAUCUUAAAAAAUUUGUUGAAAUUAAGAUUUAAUUACAUAAAUAAAGAUUGAGAGCUAAAAG